AUGAAGUUCAUAACCUCUACCCUUCUAUUCAGCGCUUUGUGCUCUGCACAGCGAUAUACUUAUACCACCCGCACAAUGACACAAUGCUUCAGCACCACGCAAGAAAGCUUCGGUCCUGCAACGCCUACACAAGGCACAGACAACUACUACACUGUCGAGAUGCCUGAGUGUCAAGACUGUGGAUGCACGGACUGUGCUUAUACAAAUACUUAUACAACAACACUCGAUGUCUUUGUUCCUACUGGCAUCGCCCAGUUUCCUUACUCUGUCAAGGAGGUUUACCGGGGCAUGUCGGCUAUGCCAGCUGAUGCUACACCGACUGCUGUUCCUUACGGAUUCACCUCUGGUGUUGAGACGUGUAACAACUGUGGUGAUGAGCCUGUUACUGCAACAAUGACUUAUCCCCGUGGCGGUUCACCAUACCAAGAAUCUGUUCCCACAGGGACACCUGCUACAUCAGGCUUUGAGCGUCCUUCAACAUUGAGGACCCAAGUAUCUGGUUCAGAAGCCACCGAUGCCCCUACGACUGCUCUUCUGGAGAACACUAUUCUCGAGCACAAGGUCAUCGAGUACAAGGGUCAAGGUCCAGUACCUGGCUCUUCCAACUUUGCCAACCUUGGCCUUCAAGGCGACUCUGAUGACGACUUGAAUAGUUCUGGUGGCUUAUCCACAAAUAUCAAGAGCUACGCCAAGAUGAGAGAUACCGCACCUUCGAAAGAUGCCGAUGGUGCAGCUAUGGGAAGACGACCGCCUGCUGGUGUUGCGGUGGCUGUUCUUUUGCCUAUAGCUUUACUACUGUAA